ACCCUUUUUUCAACACUCAAGUCAAGUGACUCGAUCUUUACUUGUACAAAUUGUAUUACAUGUUGUACAUUUAAGUAUCUUCAAUGUUUUCAACCAGCCAACCUUCACUUCUCACAAACCAUUCUCUAAAAUAAUUACAGAAAUAUAUUGGUGACAUGGGUUUGAAAUAAAGAUUGGUGUUUGACUUUUUCAAAGUCAAAAACUGAUAAAAGUCUUGAUCAAUGUGAAUCUUGCUUUUGGAUUUUCUGUGAAUUGAACAAAUGGGUAUUUGUUUCAGUUCUGAGUAUGAUCAAGAUCAUUCUUUCCAGAUGAAUAAAGGCGAAAAUGGAUCACAUUCAAUCAAAGAAAAAUCUACAUCUCAAAUUAAACCAAGCACAUUGGAGUCACCUACUAUUAAAAGUCCUAGGACUCCAAUAAUAAUCACCAAAGAUGUUAAAGAUCUUCGCACGAAUCCCGGAUAUAGUAAUCUUGAUAUCUUUACAUACGAAGAGAUGCAAAUUGCCACCAAACUGUUUAAAUCAGAUCAAGUUCUUGGUGAGGGUGGGUUUGGAAUUGUUUAUAAAGGUGUUAUCGAUGAACAUGUGAGGACCGGCUAUUCUACAAUCCAUGUUGCCAUUAAAGAACUCGAUCCAGAAGGAAUCCAAGGCGAUAGGGAAUGGCUGGCUGAGGUCAAUUAUUUAGGACAACUACAACACCCUAAUCUAGUGAAGCUUAUCGGUUAUUGUUGUGAGGAAGAUCACCGUCUUUUGGUGUAUGAAUACAUGGCAUCUGGCAGCCUGGAAAACCAUCUUUUUCGCCGCGUAUCUGAAACGUUGACUUGGUCAAGAAGAAUGAAGAUAGCUUUGCAUGCUGCAAAAGGGCUUGCUUUUCUUCAUGAUGCAGAAAGGCCCGUUAUCUAUCGAGAUUUUAAAACGUCAAAUAUCUUGCUAGAUGUGGACUUCAAUGCAAAAUUGUCGGAUUUUGGACUAGCCAAGGAUGGGCCAAUGGGAGAUCAAACUCAUGUAUCAACACGAGUUAUGGGUACUUAUGGAUAUGCAGCUCCUGAGUAUAUUAUGACCGGGCAUUUGACAGCUAGAAGUGAUAUAUAUGGGUUCGGAGUGGUGCUUCUUGAGAUGCUGAUUGGUAGGAAAGCCUUGGACAAGAGCAGGCCGAGCCACGAGCACAACCUGGUUGAUUGGGCUAGACCGAUCCUGACCCACGAAAAGAAAUGUCUGAAGAUUCUAGAUCCGAGAAUGGACGGUCAGUAUUUACCCAAGGCUGCGAUAAAAGUCGCCAAUUUGGCUCACAAAUGUAUUAGCCAAAACCCGAAAGGUAGGCCCACUGUGAGUCAUAUUGUUCAAGUACUUGAAUCUCUGUAGGCCUACUACGCGAGGCUUGUGAUGAACGAUAAGAAAUGCGUGUUUUUUUUACUGUCGCCAGGGAACUUUUUACGAAAGCGAUACGUCUUUAUGUCUUGUUUUGAUUUUCUUUUGCUAGGAAUAGAAGCUUGGUUAUGAAUUGUAAAUACUUGAGAUGUAACAAACAUUGCUUUGAAAAAUGAAAUUUUGGAUAUUGAAAUGGAAAA